AUGAGUUUCUAUCUAUUACCUCCAGUUUCAUAUCAAAAUCAGCAAAAGCUCAAAGAGCUGACAAAGAAGAAGAGUUCUAGAAGUAGUCACAGUCACAGUCACAGUCAUAGUCAUAGCCAUAGCCAUAGUCAUAGUAGAAGGUCAAGUUCCAGCAAUAAGCGUCAUUCUUCCUUAGAUUAUGACUCUACAGAUCUAGUACCUUCUCCAGAAACAUCAAGAUCUUUUAAUAUGACUGAUACUUCGGCAAAAUCAAUCAGUGGAUCUGUAGUUGAUUCAAUAGAUUCUUCUUCCAUCCGACUUACUUCAUUAGAAUCUCCAAGAUCAUCCAAAUCUUGGAGAUCAUCUAUUCAUAGCGAAACCUUUACGUUAUCUAAUCUUACAAAACAUACAUCUAACACAUCUAAGACGUUGAAGGACAAGAAUUCAGUUACGGCUUUCAACUACAGUUUUAAUUCAGACAUUAAUGAAGCAUUGAGUGCUUCCAAAAAGUCAAAGAAAUCUAGUCAUCGUCGUCUAACUUCUAAUGGUUCUAUGCUGACUAGAGAAAGAAGUAUUGAUGAAUUGCUGGAACAAUUAACAAACUUUUAUGUUGAUACUGAUGUUCUGGAUGAAGAAGAGAACCAAACAAGUGGUACUCCUGACUUCUCCGAUGUCAGUUCAAUUUUCAGUUCGAGACCUACUCCAUCUAAUUCCAAAUCAAAUGCAGUUUCUGCUUAUUCACAUAAAAUGAAAAAGAUAUCAUCUUAA